GGUUCUUCAAAUUGUUUCUCUGUAAUGUAUUAUCACAUGACAGGGUGCAUACUAAAUCAUAAGAUUGUAGUGUAACUUAGCCUGAAAAGGGCCCUUCCUGUGCCACCUGGCCCAGUCCCUUGCUCAAAGCAGGGCUGGCCUCAAAAGUUGCACUAAGUUGCAACUUAGGGGCCUCGUCCAGACCUGAAUUAGGAGCUCCCUCAAAGGAGCACGUGCUAAAGACUACUCUUUCCAAACAACUAACAGCUGUGCACAGCUAAAAGCCUUGGGAGGAACUUGGCAGGAUGAAGCCUGUCAUCGUGGUGCAUGGUGGAGCUGGACGGAUCUUCAAAGAGCGAGAAGAGGGAUGUCGUGCUGGCACUGUCAGAGCUGCGCUUCGAGGUUAUGGUGUCCUGAAACGUGGAGGAAGCGCCGUAGAUGCAGUUGAGGAGGCAGUACAAUCAAUGGAAGAUGAUCCUCAUUUUAAUGCAGGUUGUGGAUCUGUUCUAAAUGAAAAAGGUGAAGUAGAAAUGGAUGCCAUUAUAAUGGAUGGAAAAACUUUAGACUCUGGAGCCGUAUCUGCAGUUAAAUGCAUAGAAAACCCAAUAAAACUUGCUCGACUUGUUAUGGAAAAGACAAAGCACAUGCUGCUGACUGAUCAGGGUGCACACCUGUUUGCUCGGGCUGUGGGUAUUCCUGAGGUUCCAGGGGAGAAACUAAUAACCGAGAGAUCCCGUGAGAGGUGGAAGAAGAACCUUGAGCCGGAUUCCAACCCUGGAGAGUUUCAGAAAGACCUUGGAACAGUCGGUGCUGUUGCUAUAGACAGUGAAGGCAAUGUAGCUUGUGCAACAUCCACUGGAGGACUCUCUAAUAAACUGAUUGGCCGUGUUGGUGACACAGCAUGCAUAGGAAGUGGAGGUUAUGCUGAUAACCAUUCUGGUGCCACUUCAACCACAGGACAUGGGGAGAGCAUUAUGAAAGUGGUCUUAGCCCGACUGAUCCUCUAUCACAUGGAGCAAGGAAUGUCACCAGAGGAGGCAGCGGACACUGCAUUAGACUACAUGAAGACACGAGUUGGAGGCCUGGGGGGUGUCAUUGUUGUCAACAAAGCAGGAGAGUGGGCAGCAAGGUUCUCCACCAAGCAAAUGUCCUGGGCUACUGUAAAGGAUGAUGAGCUGCAUUAUGGGAUUUAUGCUGGGGAGCAGCAUGUAAAAUCUCUUGGUGAUGCGCUUGCAAGUGAGGGACUCCAAGCAUGAAGAAAUGUUGGCUGAGGAAGAAUGAAAAUUUCCAAUUUUCACUGGAGGACAAUGACAGUUGAUUUUGUCUUUCUGAAAGAUCUGUACUUCUUUGUGGAGUGGCAUUGCCACAUUUACAUUCAGAACAAAAUCUGGACGUAGUUCUUUAGUGGACAUGGAUAUAUGUGUAAUCUUUUACACGUUUAUUAGUCAGGAGAUCCUCCUUUUCUGGGUAAGAAAGAGAAUGGUCAGUAGGUUUCAUGGUUAGCAUGCCAUAAUUCUACAUUAAAGGGAGCCUGAGUUUCAGUAUAUUAGAGGAACUCCUUUCCAUGCCCAUCUUCAGAGAUUGCUGCCAGGAUGAUCUGAGAGAUGAAUACCUAUUAAUUAAAACCGAAUUUUGAAAAUCCGGAGUCUUUUCAGCAGCCCAUGAUAACAGAUUGCUGACUGUCAGCGAUGUACCACCAAAGAGCAGUGAAGAGUUAAAACGAAGUGAUUGUCACAGGCUUGAAGUAACUGUCAGGGGAAAUAAUGGAGUAAAGGGAAUAACUUUUCUCAGAAAAGGGAAAUGUGAUGCUGUCCGAGGAACUGUAAUUCCAUGCACUGACAUCAGACCAGAGACCACAACAAAGUAGACUACAAUAUUUCAAAGUAUAUGUGGAUAGUUAACAGAAAAGAUAUUGAUGUAGUAUCUGGGGUAGUAAUAACGGCGGUCAUGAUAUCAAUAAAUAUAACAGCAGUCUUUACUACUCAAAUGCAAAGGUGAUAGGCACCUUUUAAGUCUAAACCUGAGACAGAGAGAUGCUGAUUAACUAGAAAAAUAAUUAUCUAAAAUUAAGUGAUGAAAACAAGCUGUACUGAAACAAAAAAAAAUUACUCUUACCAAGGUUCUUGUAUGCAGUCUGAAACAUCUGCAGAGAUUGUCUUUUUUAAAAAGAACUGACGUUUUACGUUACUUCUAUUACAGUUUCUUCGUUAAGGUUUUGGGGGUUUUUUUCUAUUUUCUGACUCAACUAUAUAAUUUUUUUUGUUAAAAACUGUAAUAAUUUUAUGGAUUUCAGCUGGUGCCUAGGUUUCCUUUCUGGACAGAUUUGUAUUUUCAGAUUGCAUGCCAUCAUUCUGUGGAUUGUUCCUUUACAAGAUAGCCCAAAUAAACAUAAAAAUAUCUUAAAUCAGGGUUUUAAACUACUCAUACCUGUGUCCUGCUACAAUAAGCCAAGUUACUGAGUCAGCACAUACAGAAUGGUAGGGUUGCCAGAACUGCCUAACCUGCUCUCUACUUUGAUCCAUGGUUUCUUAGAUGUUGGAUAUGGGCAGUGAUGGUUCAAGAGAAGAUGGCACAAUCAAAACAUAACCUUGGAGUACUCGUGUACAUUGUUCAACAGAAGAUCAUGUAGGAAGUGGCUGCUACCUCAUCAUCAAACAUUCAUAAAACAGUAUCAGUAUUUCUGA